AAUCGUGCCAGCUCGCGCGCUCUCGGUUGUGACGUAAGGUCUUUCCUUGGCUCUCAUGUCACGUGACGUGACAACAGCUUGUGAAAAUAUCUAGGAAUCGAAGUCCUUGUUUUUUGAGCCUUUGGCCGACCGAGCUAACGUUGUAUUAUCGAAUAUGAACAUUGAACGUGUUCAGUAAAAGUUUAUGAGCAGUUAGAGUCUCAGAGAGUGUGUUUAGAGGUGGACGCCGAGAGAAUUAAUGUUGUUGAGGUCGCGCCAGGAUGCCCCGCCGGAAGCGCACUACGGAUGAAGGCGGAAGAAGAGCGAAAGUCAGCAGAGUGGAGCACAAUGAAGAGACCCUGGUGAUAUCUGACUCUGAAAAUGAAGAGGAGGAAGAUUGCUCAUUUAAACGGUCCUCUCGGACAGCCCGGUGGAAAAGAAGGGAGAAUCAAUCUCAGCUACGAGACAUGACAGAAGAAGAGAUGCUGGACCUGGCCAUGAGACUUAGCGCUCAAGAAGCAAACAGUGCUGCCCAGAAACAACAGCAGGAAGACGACGGCAACAUUCAAAAAGCAAUCGCAGAAAGUCUUAAUGAAAGCACUGUAAAAGCAUCGGAGGGUCAAGAUAAAGCAGCCAGCUCUACAGAUCAACCACAGCAGGAUGUAACAAAUGCGAUAUCACGCUUGAGACGAAAACUGUCGUACCCCGGCCGAGAUCAGACACACAGUGAGAAUGAGAGGGAGACGACUAGUCCGCUUCCAGAAAUGCCUGAUCUAUCACAGGCGACCUCCUCGCAUCUUUCAACGAGGAGUUCUCCAGCUCAGGUCUCCAGUCCUUCUGCUACCACUCAGGACAAGACCUCAGAUAAACAGACAAUCAUCAGCAGCACUCCUGAGCUCUUCAGAUCUGUCUCAGAUUCCCAGUCCCAGACAUCCCCUCUCUUCACCAGGCAUGGCUGCUUCAUUCGUCACCCUGUAGUAUGUGUAGAGAAACUGAGUCAGGACCUCAUCCCGGCAAGCACAGACUCAAAUUUUCACACACAGGACAGCGCUGCUGCUACAUCCCCCAAGCAGGAAGAUCUGCCCUUUUCCAAAUGCCCAGUCUUCACUCAGAAAGACUUCAAACAAAAAAAAGAUUUGCGAGAGGACAAAGACUGCUGUAAAAAUACUAAUGCAAGUGAAGACGAUACUCAAAUAUCUGAUGAAGAUACUCAUUUACCAACACAAGUAAGCCAAGGUUUGAGCACAGGUCCAUAUACUUGCCUUUCACCUUCUAAAAGAUCAAGCCCCAAAUUUGUGCCUAAAAACAGCACUGAAGAUGUCACUGUAGCAAGUAAAACCCCUAAUCUUAAGCAAUUGGAGGAUCAGACCACUCGGGAUGAGAAUGUAAAAUCUGACACUGAAACUGCUCCAAACACUCAGUCUUGGAAUGAAUUUACUAGUCACAUGGUCUUGCAUUUAACAGAUGAUGAAGAUGAUGUCAGUGAAGAGGUUCUUUCCCCCAGCCCAGUGUUGUGCAAGGAAAAGAUUUUUAAGCCAAUCAAGACUGAGCUUUCCCCAACCCAGUCCUGCAUCUCUCCAACUAUUAUCACACUCUGUUCUUCUACACAAGACACACAGAUGUCCCGGUCUGUCCUGGAAGAGGACUUGAAAGCAUCCAAGGGUAUAACAUUCAAAUCCUCCGACUGUAAAUCUCCACAUUCUUCAGUGGAAAAGGGAGAAUGUACUAUCUCUUACUAUUGGGGAGUGCCUUUCUGCCCCAUGGGGCAAAACCCGGACGAGUACACACGUGUGAUCAUGUGUCAAAUGGAGGUGUAUGAGAAGAGCCUGAAGGAGGCCCAGCGAGAGCUGCUGCACAAAGCAGACUGGGGACAGCCAGUGUGUCCUGGCUCAGAGAGGCCGUUUGGUGCAAGGAGAUGGAAGCGCCACAGAGCUCCUCAGCUGUCAGAAGAUGAGGAGGAGAAUGAAGAAGAGGCAGAGAAAGAAAAUAACAGAACAGAAGUAGAAGAAGAGAAGGACGAAGCCAAGGAGGAGUCUGUGGUGGGGUCACAGGAUGACGCUGAGGGCGGGCAGAGUGAAACAUACAUAGUUUUGUCAUCUCCAGAGACAAAAGAUGAGCUAGUGGAAAAACCCCCUUUCCUCAGCAGUGAGGAGCCUGUAACUGCCGCUUUAAAUAAACCUUCCAGGAAAAGUGCUCCAUGGGAUACUUCAGAUGAAACUCAAAUACAAUGUUCAGCUGAGCAGGAGGAAGAAGAGGCCCAGAAUCACAAGCAUUGUGAAGAGGAUGAGAUCAUUUGUCCAGAGACUCAGAUGACUCAAAACAGCACACCAGAACUAAUGGUGACCAGUCCUGCUCAGCCCCAGUCUCAUGCUGACAGUGAGGUGAUGGAGGUAGAGGAGGGAGGAGGUGCUCCUGCUGUAGAGGAGGAGAUAAUGGAGCAAGAGGCAGCUCCUCUUCACAGUCAGGAGCUGGAAUGCCCCAUGUGCUCCAAACUCUUCCCCUUAAGCAAGAUCGAGAUACACGCAGCUUACUGUGAUGGUGAAGCAGACCACCAGGAAGAGCAAUCACAAGUUGUUGCCCGAAGGAAAAGGACCAAAAGAAAUUUUGAUGAAACUCAGCAAUCUGGCAAGUCAACACAGAUGGAGAAGUGUUACAUGUGUCAGGGAUUUUUUACACUCCAGGUGUAUCCAGAACAUGUCAGUUUGUGCUUUGGAAAGAAAGACUCAAGAGCUAAUCAGGAAAACGGCCUGCUUUCUGCUCUGGACCGGACGGAGCGGAGACAUACUGGCACUGAUGAACCUGGUCCAUCUGAUGUUUCUACAACAAGCAACUGUGGCCUUGCCGAUCAUGCGGUGAUGAGGACUUCUGAAAGUGUAGACUGCUCAGCGAUGACUUCCUGUACCAGUAACACCUUCACUCCUCGAUCAGAGAACACUGAGUGCCUUACUGACUCCUCUAAGAACAGCCAAAGACUCUCAAGAAAGAGAAAAUUCAAGAAAUAGUGUCAACAUGCUUUUAGUAUUACUUGUGUCUGUGCUUUUCACUGCCUCUCCAUUUGUAUGGCUUUUUAUAAAAUGAAAAGUGCACAAUUGUAUCUAUUUAAGUCUUUGUUUUCUUAUAAAAUUGUAUUAAAUAAUAUUGGCACCUCA